CCAUUGAACUGUCAAGACUCAAGAGUUGACCGCUUGGGAAUUAUCACCGCUCGUCGUCUACAUACUCAAACCACCAUGAACAUCAAAAUGGGUAAGCUUUGCGGGAUCUCUAUUUCUCUCAUCCUCGUCAACUUAGCGACGAUGAUGCAACGAGCAGACGAAAAACUCAUUCCUUCGGUUGCCAAAGAAGUGAAAGAAACGUUCAAUGCAAACCUCUCUGAUAUUGGAUACCUCUCUUUUAUAAGAAACAUUGUUCAAGGAUUUGCCUCGCCUUUAGCUGGUUUAUUUGUCAUCAGUUAUGACCGUCCAACAGUUUUCGCAAUUGGUAGUUUCUGUUGGGUCUUGUCAACUUAUGCAGUUGGAGCUAGCCAGUACUUCAUCCAGGCUACGCUUGGUGUAGCAGUCAACGGGUUUGGACAUGCGAUUGUUUACCCAGUGCUUCAGUCGAUAAUUGCGGAUAGCUUUAAUGAUAGUUCGAGAGGUUUUGGUUUUGGUUUAUGGGGUCUCAUUGGUACGGUUGGAGCUAUAUUUGGAAGCGUCUUGGCAACAGUCAUGGCUGGUCACGAUUUCUUGGGGAUCCCAGGAUGGCGCUGCGCCUUUAUAUUGAUGGCAACGAUGAGUGCGAUCACCGGGGUUCUUGUUUUUCUCUUUGUCACCGACCCGCGGAAAAAGAAAAGUAGCAGCUUUGUUUCUCAUGAUCAUGAACGAGAUGACGAACGAACGGUUCAUAAAACAAAGAACUAUGAUGCUGCAACAAUUAUGAGCUCGGUUUGGACGGAAUCCUGGAUGGCCAUAAAAGAUGUAACCAAAUUACGAACAUUUCAGAUCAUCGUAUUGCAAGGAACCGUGGGUUCGGUGCCAUGGACUGCAAUGGUUUUCUUCACAAUGUGGUUCGAACUCAUUGGUUUUGAUCAUGACCAGGCUGCUAUCCUAAACGGAAUAUUUGCCACCGGACAAGCAAUUGGAUCUUUGGUAGGGGGAAUAAUUGCAGACAAAAUGUCUCGUGUGUUUCCAAACUCGGGCAGAUUGAUUUGCGCACAGUUCAGCGUUUUCAUGGGAGCUAUAUUCUCCAUUGUUCUUCUAAGAAUGAUCCCACAGUCCGUUGACAGCUACUACAUCUUCUUG